AUGUUGCGGGUAAAAUUGAAAAAAUAUAAAGACAGUGAUGUACCUGAUGCGAAGCAGAGACGACCAAAAUGUGCAAGAUGUCGAAAUCAUGGAUUGAUUUCUUGGCUGAGGGGACACAAGAGACAAUGUCGGUACAGAGAUUGUCUCUGUGCAAAAUGUGCUCUCAUCGCUGAACGACAAAGAGUAAUGGCGGCUCAGGUUGCAUUGAAGAGGCAACAAGCCGCUGAAGACGCUAUCGCCCUGACGAUGGCAAACGUGGCGACGGGACAGGAGUUCAAUCACCUACCUCCUGGAAAAAUAUUUGGCAUGUCUGUCACUGCACCUAACACCUUCACCCCGAUAUCAUGUCAACCAAAUGAAUCGAGAUUUAUCUCUGAUAAUUCAAAUAAGCAUAACUCUGCUGAAGGUCUUGGAGAGCAUUCUGCAGCUGAUAAAUCUCAUGCUCCAUCCAACUCUCAGAAAGAAGACAUUAAAAACCCAGUGCAAAAUACAUCUGAUGUACCAGAGAGUUCCAUUGAAACCCUCGCAAGGCUUUUUCCAAGCACUAAAUUAUCGGUGAUUCAACUGGUCCUACAGAGAUGCGGUCAGGAUCUUCUGAAGGCCAUCGAGUACUUCGCAAGCAACAGCAAUUUCAUCGGCUCACCAUAUUCCGCUUUUCAUCCCCUAGUUUCAACUUCAUCUGAAGCUAAAUCCUCAAGUUCUGUCCUUUCUCUACCGUCAAUCUAUCCGGGAAGUCUUCCCAGAAAUUUAUACACUGACAGCUACUACUUCCUCAACAUGCGGAGGAAUCAAUUACCCUGCAAUUGUGUUUCUGAAACAACUUCGUCUCAUAAAUUAGACAAUAGCAUGUUUGGUGUUGGAUAUAAUAAUUACGUUAAUGUCAACGCAUUACAGCAAUUGCGGGAACACAGCAGUGAUUCUGAAUUAUUCCAUUUGCCAUCUGUCAUUCCAGGGAUACCGUGUAUUCAGCCAAAUUGCACGCAGUGUUUGAUGUACGGAAAUAAAUUAUCGUUUACAGUGAAAGUGAAGUCAUACAGUAAAAUUGUUUCUAAAAAACCAACAAUCAGUGAUUGGAAGGACUAA